UAUAAAUGCUCUUAGUUAUAAUUCAAACAAAAAAUUAUCUCUUUAUCUCGUUUCUAUCGAAAAUUCUAUGAUUUUUACACUAAUUUGGUUGCACAGACAAUAGCAUGCCGGACAAAAAUCAUUUUAAACAAAUGUCUUCAUUAACACUUCUGUUCGGCUAUUAAAUGAAAUUAGUUUCUUCAAUAUUUAUUGAUUUAUAAUACGACUACAUGUAUUUAAAUUAGUCAUCUUCUAAAUUAUUGAAAACUAAAACAGAGCUGGGCAAAUUUUAUUCCCAAAUAACAAACAAAUAUUUUAAACACUCAGAUCGAUUUUACUUACAGUUUCUGACAGCCUGAUGUUGAGGUACAAGAACCUAACAAGAUGACGUCUUCUUUUAUUUGCUGAUGUAAUUGUUGGGGAUGCUUCGCAGAAUGAGGCUGCAGCAGAUUUCCCUUCUGUUGCAGAUGAUCUACCUAGUAGCCUGGGCCAGUUUUGAAAAUACAGGUCUGUCCGAUAGAUUGGAAAAUGUGACACAAACUAUAUCUCGAAUUCUCGAUGGAUACGAUAUUCGAUUGAGACCAAAUUUUGGCGGAGAACCUCUGUUGGUUGGUAUGGAUCUUACGAUUGCAAGUUUCGAUGCAAUCUCUGAAGUGAAUAUGGAUUAUACGAUAACGAUGUACUUAAAUCAGUAUUGGACGGACGAAAGACUAGCAUUUUCCCAGGAUGAGGAGGUUCUUACUCUUAGUGGGGAUUUUGCGGAAAAAAUUUGGGUUCCAGAUACAUUUUUCGCCAACGACAAAAACAGUUUCUUGCACGACGUGACCGAGCGUAAUAAACUCGUCCGGUUGUCCGGAGACGGAUCUGUCACUUAUGGCAUGAGAUUUACGACGACCCUGGCCUGCAUGAUGGAUCUGCACUACUAUCCGCUCGAUUCGCAGAACUGCACCGUAGAGAUUGAAAGCUACGGAUACACGGUGCUGGACGUGGUGAUGUAUUGGAAAGAAACUCCAGUUCGUGGUGUCGAAGAAGCGGAACUGCCACAAUUUACGAUAAUUGGAUACGAAACAAACGACCGGAAAGAGAGGCUGGCUACCGGCAUAUAUCAGAGACUUUCGUUGAGCUUCAAGCUUCAAAGGAACAUCGGAUACUUCGUUUUUCAAACGUAUCUGCCUAGUAUCCUCAUCGUGAUGUUGAGCUGGGUCAGUUUCUGGAUCAAUCAUGAAGCAACCAGUGCCAGAGUUGCUCUCGGUAUAACGACAGUUCUCACAAUGACUACGAUAUCGACAGGUGUACGUAGCUCACUGCCACGUAUUAGCUACGUGAAAGCAAUUGACAUUUAUUUAGUAAUGUGUUUCGUUUUCGUAUUUGCGGCUUUAUUGGAGUAUGCAGCGGUUAACUACACUUAUUGGGGCGCCAGAGCCAAGAAAAAGACAAAAAAGAAGGAAAUCGAUGACAAGAAAGUCAUUUCUUCCAAGUCAGGAAUCAAAACGAGUUCCCCAUUUCCUGGUUCAACGGAAGCGGAUAUAAUAGAACUGCAAGACCUCCGAAUGUCACCUCUGCCAAGUAUAAGAAAUAGAUCGGGCCUAAUCAGCGGUAGUUCAACACCUGCAACCAUAAGAGAACACGAUCCUGCCAAGUUUCCCCCUAGUUUUCGCAUUUCCAGAGUCGCGGCUUAUAAUACACAUGGAAGAAACAUUGGUCUCAGAUACAGAGGACCCAAGCAGCACAAACCCAAGGUUUUACAUGCGAUACGAAGAGGAGCAUCCGUACUGCGAGUGUCGAUGCCGAAGAUCAAGGAUGUGAAUAUUAUCGAUAAAUAUUCAAGAAUCAUAUUUCCAGUUAGUUUUAUGCUAUUCAAUGCCAUUUAUUGGGUAUUCUACUUUCUCUGAAUCAAACCAUCGCUACUCUCUCGCUAUUUGUCGAGAGACAAAAGACAAAAUGGACCAAUUGAUAAUCAAGAAUUUGCAUGGAUAUAAAUAGAGAAUCGGUUCGAUUACGAAUUUGGACGGAGUUUCGCGGUCAAAUUCGAGUUCCGUUUGGGUCUUGCGCUGGAAUUGAAAUCGAAAUCUUCAUUCUCGACCGAAGGGAGCAGGUAUCGAAAGUAUUGAAUUGAAAGCUGCCAAUAUUUAUCGACGAGGAGAUAUUUUCGAAGAUAGUGACGAUUUAAUCUUGAAGUAUAACGAUAUUUUAGAAAAUACGUUCCUAAUUGAUAGCUCGUCAAUUCGAAUGAAUAAUCUGCCGCAAAUUCUUUGAAAAUGAUUAAAUCGACCGUAAGAAACAAAACUAUUUAACCAGUUGUUGCUGUUCGAACGAAUACAAAACAAAAUAUUCUUUUACAAUUAACAAACCGAAAUUAGCGAUUAUUUUGAAAUUACUAUUCUUUUUGUGCCAAUUAUUAUUGUCGAUAUUUGAUAGUAUUUACAAGUAUAAACGACGAAAGCUAUUAAAAAAGGAGAAAACAUUCGAAGAGAGCAUCCAAAAUUUAGAGACAUAUAUCACAGCUAGAGUAGUUUUCGAUUAAAAAUUCUAAUUAUCGUUACCGUAGGUAAUAAAUAGGAUUACUGUAACAUUUCGAUAUGGAUUAUUCUGCAAACUGCGUCACGAAUUUGUCUUUCAUUGAUACCUUGAACUUUGCGAACGAUUAGCUGUAGAUAGUGAUGGGAUUUCGAAGCGGUUCGUAUUGUUUCGAAUCUUAUUGUGUAUUGCGACACAGAUUCAAAGCUAUUCGAAUAAGACUUAAUGUUAAAGAUGUUGGAAGUUUUGAUUGAUUUGGAAGUCUUGUAAAUUCGGAAAAUAGUGAAAUUCUUGGUCCUUCUGAAAGUCUUGAGAAUAUCGAUAAGUGUCAGUUUCGAGCGUUGAGUUAAAGAACGUUUAACAUCUUGAGUACAUAUGUCAGGGAUGGGGAAUUACCGAUUAUCGAAAUUCUUAUAAAUUGUAAAACUUUCAAGAUGAUCAAGCUUUUUAAGACCCAAGAUUUUUCCGCCAUUUUAUAGAAACGAAGCGUUCCAAAUCCCAUCACUAGUUGUAGAUAAAGUUCACGGAAUGAAUCAAUUUUGUUUAAAUUUAAAUAUUUUAUAUUAUCUUGCGCCCCAAUCGAAACGGUAAAUUGUUAAAUGUACAUACAUAUAUGUAUAAUACAGCCAAAUAAUCGCCAAGUGUUCGUUUAUUAUGCGAAAAUACUUUGACUUGGUUACUUAAUUUAUUGUAAAGAAUUCUACGAAUGUUAGAGCGUCACAUUAUGUUUUUUUCAACGUUAAUUACAAAACCAUUGUCUUGAUUAGUUUCCAUACGUCUUGUACAAUGCAGUGAUAUUCUCGAUCAUAGAACGAAACAUAUAUCGUAGUAAUAAAAACGAAAGGAAAUAAAAUAAAACUGUAUUUUCGGUAUCGUUAGACCAAACUUAACAGAUGGUUCGAAUAUUAGAAUUAACGGAAAUCCAAGAGAAAGGAAUGUUAA